CUCGCUAGACCCAGCCAUAGAUCCCCGUAACCGGAAAAGAGCGACGAGUGUAGAGCGGAAGUCAUAAACAGUUGCGGAGUUAAGUUAUCCACUGAAAAGUACAGCGUCUAAUUUCAAGGUUUUUUUUAAGGGUGAAAGAUGCGGCGAUCUAAGCGGAUGCGCUCGCCGGGUGACUGGAUUACGGAGUAUAGCUGGGAGGAGAGAGUGGAGGUGCACAAGAGACCGAGGCGCAGCUCCAAGAGCGGGGAAAUAGAGAGGCAGCCUGGGCGGCAUCAUCACUGCAAAACUUACGAGAGGUGUCACAUAAGCACAAAGAGGCUGGAGUUCCGUGAGCGCAGGGCCAGUGAGGCCAGUCCAGAACAUGGUGAUUGUGUGGGACAGGCGGAGCAGGUCAGUGAGACUGAGAGAGAGAAAAACGGGUACCACUACAGCAAGUCGUCCGCACGCAGUGGGCGGAGUCGGCGCAGCAGUAGAGAACACCAGCGAUCACGCCACCGCAGUCCCUGCUCAGACUCGAGAACUCAUCGCAGGAAAAGAAUCAAGAGUAUUGAGGAUGAUGAGGAGGGUCACCUGGUCUAUCACAAUGGAGACAUGCUAAGAGCAAGAUAUGAGAUUGUAGGCACCCUAGGUGAAGGAGCCUUUGGAAAAGUGGUGGAGUGCCUCGACCAUUCAAAAGGUGGUGCAAGAGUGGCCCUGAAGAUCAUCAAAAAUAUUGAGCGCUAUCGGGAGGCAGCCAUGUCAGAAGUAGAUGUGCUCGAGCGGAUAAACUCGCUUGAUGGCGAUAAGAGAUUUGCCUGUGUUCGGAUGCUGGACUGGUUUGAUCACCAUGGCCACAUCUGCAUAGUGUUUGAGCUGCUGGGACUGAGCACAUAUGACUUUCUUAAGGAGAAUGGAUUCAUGCCCUUCUCAGUGGACCAGAUCAGAUGUAUGGCAGAUCAGAUCUUUAGGGCUGUGUGCUUUCUGCAUGAAAAUAAGAUGACGCACACUGACCUUAAGCCUGAAAAUAUUCUCUUUGUGGACUCCACCUAUGACAUGGAAUAUAACUCCAAGAUGAAACGAGAUGAGAGGACCUUGAAGAGGUUGGAUGUCAAAGUAGUAGACUUUGGGAAUGCUACAUAUGACCACGAGCAUCACACCUCUGUGGUGUCAACUCGCCACUACAGAGCUCCCGAAGUUAUUUUAGAACUAGGCUGGAACCAUUCAUGUGACGUGUGGAGUUUGGGUUGUAUUCUUAUUGAGUUCUAUCUAGGGUUAACAUUGUUUCAGACUCAUGACAGUAAGGAACAUCUUGCCAUGAUGGAGCGGGUUUUAGGCCCCAUACCUACUCACUUACUCCAGAAAAGCAGGAAGCAACGCUAUGUGCAUCAUGAUAAACUGGACUGGGAUGAACUCAGCUCGGCUGGGAGAUAUGUGAGAAAACACUGUAAACCUCUGAAGCAAUAUAUGUCCUCUAAAACCCCGGAGCACGAGCUGCUGUUUGACCUACUUCAAAAGAUGAUGGAGUAUGAUUCAUCGAAACGGAUUACUCUGGAACAAGCCAUCGGACAUCCUUUCUUUAACCAGUUAAGAAAAGAGAGAAGAAAUUGACAUGGAAGGGGACACUGAAACAUUACUACUCCCAGGGAGACCUGCUGCUGACUGUAUCAGUCUGCUUUAAGAACGCCUGCUUCAUUACCUCUGUCCAUAUUUAUUGUCUGUUGAAAUAAACGGCCAAAUUCCUGUGUACUUUUGUUAUAUUAAACUUGAAUUCUUUGAAUACA